GAUCAAAGAAGCAAAUUAUUGUGAAAUAACAACAAAAUACUAAAUAAUAACAAGUUUGUUAAUAAGUGAUUUUAAUUAUAGGUACAAUUUAAAGAUAGACGACACAUAUACUCGCCAAUACAUGUUAUCAUAAAACCAGUUGUGUACGUCUCUAGAACUAUUUGUGCUUGAAUUACGUAAGCUUCGCGGGUCGUAAAGAUACCCCCCCCCCAUACGUGGUAAGGAACCCCAUAAGGAAUUAAACCAAAAAAAUGAGUUAUCCACCACCCCACGGACCUCCACCACCGCCGUAUUACGGCGCUGGAUGGCGACCACCCCACCCCCCUAACCUAUCUGGAACCGGAUCAUCUUACCCUCAACCAGACUUCGGCCAGGUUACUCAGCCCCAACCACCUUACCCGUACCCUUAUUACAUCCCCGGAGCUGUUAUGAUGCCAUUCCCCAUGGGACCACCCCCAGACCCAAGCAACCCAACUUACAUAACCAAUAUAAUAUACCAAGGAGAAACUUCCAACCCUCCAACUACAGAACAGGUCCAAAUAUCUGAGACCUCUGGAGAUUAUGACUGGAUACCCACCACGUCAACUACUGCUAGCAAUUUGACUGGAAAAGCAGUUAUUGGAGGUCACGAAGGUUGGGAUGGGAGUCCCUUAUGGGUCAUCCGAGCUUGGCAUAAUGGAGAUCUUAUUCCUGGAAAGUUAUCUGUCAGACAUAACGCAGCGUCAAUAAUGUACAACGGAAAAGAGAUACCAGUUCAAAAAAUCGACGUUUUGUGCGCAAAGCCCGAUAGCUUAAGGUGGAUUCCGGCGUCAAAUGGUAACGUGCCGCCAGGAGCAAUUUCUGGUGGACAAACAUCUUCUGGUGAAACGCUAUACGUUGGGAGAGCGAGACAUCAGCUGUCCGUGACUCCUGGAAAGAUUCAUCCGAGCCACAGUUCCUGCUAUAUUGGGUUUGGGGGAGCGGAAAUCGCUCACAAGAUGUACGACGUACUUUGCCGUGUAAGUUAAAUUGCUUCGGAAGUAAGUUUGUAAAUGAACUCGUUAAGUUUCAAGUUGGGAAAGUUGUCAUAAGUUUUGCAGUUUUGGCUCCAUAUGAAUUUAAUGAAUUCCUAACGCUGUUUUAUAAAGGUCUAUAUGAUGAAGAAACGGUUGCAUCCAGUUUGCAUGACUUUGCAAAUAAUCCGCAGGUGUUAUCCGAUUCCUUGACGCCCCGCGAAAGAUACGCACCUAUGUAGACAUAAGAGUAAAUGAUAAUAAUUUUUUGAGCAUUUAAUGAAACAGUGUUUUUUAAUUUAAGCACAUAACGCUCCAAACAAACCGUUGUGGCCAUUUCUAUUGAUGAGUUGCACGCUACAAUGUUGGACUAGAGCUAGGACAAUUUAGUAUACGGGUCUAAGCCAUAAAAUAUGUAUCCAACAAAAUUGUAUUUUUUUUUGUACUACUUAUUCAU